GAGGACGAAUAUCAUCCAACACACGGGUCAUCAUGUCGACUCCGACUCUCCACAUCAUGCUCUUCGCUGUUUUCGCAAGCCUCUUUGCCUCAAUUUGCUGCAACCAUCAAUCUCGGAAAGAUGCCGCUCUGUUCAUCUUCGGCGACUCCAUUAACGACGCAGGGACCAACAACUACAUAAACACCACUGCCUUUUUCAGAGCAAAUUUUCCUCCUUAUGGCGAGACGUUUUUCCGCUAUCCCACUGGCAGAUUCUCCGAUGGUCGUCUCAUCGUCGAUUUUAUCGCUGAAUAUGCAAAUCUGCCGCUGAUUCCACCAUAUCUCCAAAUUAAAGAUGAUGAAUUCAUAAGAGGGGCGAAUUUCGCAUCCGCUGGAGCUGGUGCUUUGGUUGACACUUUUGAAGGAUUUGUGAUGGAUUUGAAGAUGCAGCUGAAGCAGCUUGAACAACUAGAGAGGAAGCUGAAGAAGGAGAUGGGGAGCAAGAAGGCGAAGGGGAUAAUCAAGGAGGGUGUUUACCUGAUUAGCAUCGGAAGCAAUGAUUACGGGGUGGCUCUCCUUUAUAAUCCUGCUCUGUUUCAGUCCCUUUCCAUGGAAGAAUACGUGGGGAUGGUGAUUGGAAACAUCACCACUGUGCUCCAGGGAAUUUAUAAAGUAGGAGGAAGAAAAUUUGCAAUGAUUGGAAUCGGGAAAAUUGGGUGUGUGCCAGGCUUGAGACUAUUAACCAGAAAUGGUGCUUGCUCAGACGAAGCCAACAAGCUCGCAAAGCUUCACAACGUUGCUCUUGCUGCAAUUCUGGCAAAACUGGAGACUCAACUACAAGGAUUCGAGUACUCGUACUUCGACUACUACACUUCAGGCAGUGAGAGAAUCCAAUACCCAUCAAAAUAUGGUUUUAAGGAAGCGAAAACCGCGUGCUGUGGUUUGGGUCCUUAUAGGGGUAAUUCAACCUGUGGAGGCCAGAGAGGAGUGAAGGAAUAUUCAUUAUGCCGUCAUCCUGAGAAGUACAUGUUCUUUGAUGCCUACCAUGCAAGCGAGAGGGCUAAUCGGCAAUUUGCGCACUUGAUGUGGAAUGGAAGUCCGAGUGUAAUUAGACCUCGCAACCUGAAAGCAUUAUUCAAGCAUGAAGGUGCUUGAAUCUUUUU